AUGCAGUUCGAGCCGCGCAGCCAGGUCCUCACCGGGCCCGAGCUCCUCGAGCUCGUCGGCAUCAGUCCUGAUGAGCUCGCCAUGAAGUCGGGCUUCCGGGCCCAGGACCCGGAGGUCGACGACAUCGUGCGCGCCGCCCGCGAUCUGGGCGCGUGCUGCAUCUCGCCCGACGCCAGCCUGCCGGCCGAGGAGAACGUGGAGCUGCUGCUGCGCGCGCUGCGGCUGGUGCAGCUGGGGCUGGAGGUGCAGGUGGCGGACAACGAAGGGCUGCUGCAGGAGUCCAACGCGCUGCGGGAGGACGCUCGGGCCCUGGAGGAGUCUAACCGCUCCCUGGAGGAGGACAUAUCGGAGCUGCGGCAGCUGAGGGACGCAACAGAGGACGCGGGAGAUGGUGGGUCGCGGCUGCUGCUGCUGCUGCUGCUGCUGCUGCUGCUGCUGCUGCUGCUGCUGCUGCUGCUGCUGCUGCUGCUGCUGCUGCUGCUGCUGCUGCUGCUGCUGCUGCUGCUGCUGCUGCUGCUGCUGGAGCUACGCCGCGCGUUUGAGGACGAGCGGCGCGCCAACGACGACCUCACGCGCGACGCGGACCGAGACCGCCAAAGCAUCGAAGACCUCAAAUCAAGGCUGGAGAGUGCCUUGGAGGACGUGCGUGCGCGCGACGAGGCGGCGGCCGACCUGCGGGAGUCGCUGGCGCGGCUGCGGGACGAUUACUCAGAGCUUCAGGCGCAGUACGCCGCGGCGCAGCGCGAGGGGCCAGGCAAGGAGGCGCAGCGGGAGCUUGCGGACACAAUCAAGCAGCAGGAGUGGAAGAUUGACCGGCUGACGCGCGACAACCGCGCCCUGGAGGCCACCAACUGCGAGCUGCGGCAGCGCGAGGAGACCAUACGCGAGGAGAACCUGCAGGUGUCUGAGAAGAUCCUGGGGCUUGAUGAGGAGGUACGCGCGCUGCGGCUGGAGGCGGCAGAGGCCGAAGUCAGGGCUGAGGCCCUUGUCAGGGAGAAGGGCCAGCUGCAGGAGCUUUCCGCGCAGCUCCGCGCUGAGGUGGCGGACAAGAUGGCGCUGCUGGACGAGUUCGAGCAGAAGUUUGCUCGGCAGUACAGGGCGUGGGAGGAGGAGAAGGCCGCGCUCCAGUCUGAGGUGGACGGUCUUAGAAGGGAGGCCCGGGAGAAGGCGGCGGCGCGGCGGGGUGCGGGCCAGGCCCUGCAGCGGCACGACGACGCCGCCAGCGAGUCGGGCAGCGAGGGCACCGGCGCCGGCGGGGCCUCCCUGGAGCGCCAGCUGGCGGACCUGCGGGAGCAGCUGGCCGAGAGCCGCGAGAAGGAGGUCCUGCUGUUGGAGGCGUACGAGCAGCUGGAGAGGGACGUGGGCGCAGAGGUCGACCGCGCGCUGGGGCGGCAGUCGGAGGAGCUGUCUCGCCUGCAGCGCCGCACGGCGUUUCUGGAGCAGGCGCUGAGUAAGGAGCGCACGCGCUGCACGGGCCUGGAGGAGGCCGCGGCGCGGGCGGAGGCGGCACACGCUGACGCGGCGGCGGUGUGCGAGGCGUAUGAGAGCGGGGUGUAUGGGCUGCCCCAGGCUGCCGCUGAGAUCCGCCAGCUCAAGGAGACGGUUGCCCAGGCCGAGGCCAGGGUGCGUGACCUGGUGGCCCAGGCGAACAGCCUGGGCUCCGCCCUGGAGGGCCUGGCCGACGAGAACGCGGCGCUGCGCCAGCGCGCGGGGCUGCCGCCGGGCGCGGCCGUCGACGCGUCGGGCGUGCGGCUGGCGCGGGAGGUGGCGCUGGCGCAGCUGCGGAGCGUCAACGCCCUGCUCGAGCGGCAGGUGUCAGACCUGGAGGAGGAGCGGCGCAAGCUGCGGCUGGAGGUCAAGUUCAGGGCAAAGGCGGCGCUGGAGAUGGGGCUGACGCCUGACCAGCUCCUGCUGCUGGAGGAGUUUGCUGAGGACCUGAAGGGCGGCCGCGUGCCAGAGGAGCGCCUCGCGGCGCAGCUGCAGCAGAGGAUCGAGUUCCUGGAGGUCCGCCUUGCCGAGGUCAUGGCGUAUGCCGACAUACCGCCCCACAUGAGGCCCGCCCUCGCCGACAUGACGUCACUCACCGGCAGGGGGGCCGCCGCAUCCCGUGAUUCAGGCGGCGCCGGCGCCGCGCUGGCCGCAUCGCUGUCCACGGCCGCGAUUGGCGCGUGGACGGGUGGCGGUCUCAUGAGCGCAGGGGCCGUGGCGGCGGCGGCGCGGGCGCUGGAGGAAGUGCGGGCGGCUGUGCUGGAGGCGCUGCAGUGCCUCAGGAGCAUGGAUGCUGGUAUUGGUGAGCACCAUUCCUCGCCAGACUCGGACCACCACCGUUUAUUGGGAGAAGCUGUUGAGAAGCUGGCGGCGGCGGAGCGGGCGGCCUCAAACGUCAUCAGGGACGCGGCGGCGGUGGCCAAGGACGGGGCGCCGACGGCAGGCUCCGCGGCUGACAACGCAGUGGUUGCUGCCGCCAGAGCGGCCUCCAAGAGGGUGACGGCAGGCGACAACUUUGUUGCCGACGCGGCGGCUGACGAGCUCUGCUCAAAGCUGGAAGAGCUGGCGCGUCAGGUGGUCAACCUGCAGGUGGUGGUGGCCCAAAAGGACGCCCAGCUGUCUGCACUCGCGUCCGCCAAGUCGGCCCUGGAGGAGCGGCUGUCAGGCGCGGGCGUUGAAGCUGCCCAGAAGCUGCGCCGCCGCGAUUACAUUCCUGCGGCGGAGCACGAGGAGGCGGCGGCGCAGCUGGCUGCGGCCAAGGAGCAGCUGGUUGAGGCGAUGGAGGAGCUGGGGGCCAGGGACAGGGAGUUGACAGAGGACACUCUUGCAGAGUGGCCGAGCCGCGCCAAGCGCGCCCCCGCGGUGCGUGCUCCGGCCUCGCAGGUCGGCUCCGCGCUGGCGCGCUACCAAGGACGGAUGCAGCAGCUGGGGGAUCAGGUGGCAAUGCUGUACAAGGAGCAUGCUGGCGCCGCGGCCGCCUGGCGCUCGGAGCGGGGCGCCACUGAAACCGCGCUGCAGAAGGCCAGGGCUGAGGCGCAGGCGCAGGCCGCCGCCAACGGCGAGCUGCUGGACGGCCUCCGCGCGCUGGAGGCCGCUGCGGGCGGCGGGGACGAGGGGGCAGUGGCGCUGAGGCGCAAGUACGCCGACACAGUGCGGCGCAUGGCGAUCGUGCAGCUCAAGCACGCCAAGGUGUCGCGGGAGCUGGCCGUGGCACUGGCGGGGGAGCGGGCCGCGGACGACGCGCGGGCGGCACUGGCGGAAGAGAUGGGCGAGCUGAGCGGGACGUGCAGGGCCCGCAUCCGGUGGCUGGAGGCGGCUGCGGACGCGGCGCAGCGGCGCGCGGAGCGCCUGUGCCGCGCGCUGCAGGCUUCUGCGCCGCUGGAGGCGCACCAAUCGCUGGUGGAGAAGCACAGCGCCCUCUGCGCGGAGCACAGGAGGAUGCUGGAGGAGCGCGGGGACGGCGUGGCGGACGCGUCAGAGGAGCUCCUUGCGGCGCGCGACCGGCUGGCGGCACUGGCUGUGGAGUACGAUAAGACCGCGGCCAGGGCCGCUGAGCUGGGGGAGAAGCUUCGCCAGCUCCAGCUGCCCGCGGAGCUGGCCGCCAAGGGGGCGGCGCCCGCGCACGCACCAGGCAGCGGCGGCGCUGCUGGCUCGGACCUCGUAGCAGCCAAGGUGCAGCUGGACAGCAUGGGUCGCCGCCUCGAGCUGGCGGAGCGCGAGAGGGAGCGCAUCAUGGCCACGCUGCACGACACACAGGGCCGGCUGGACGAGGCGGAGCAGAGGCUGGCGCAGUCGGCAGGGGAGCUGGCCACCUCGCGCGCCCUCGAGUCGCGCCUGCAGCGCCGCCUGGUCGGGGCCAAGACGGCCGCUGAGGUGGAGGAGCUUGCCGCAAGGCUGGACGAGGCUGAGCGUGUUCUCAGGGACGCGGAGGGCGAGAAGGCGGCGCUGCUGGCGAGGGCCGAGGGGGCGGAGCGCGCCGCCAAGGACGCCGCGGUGCAGCGGCAGCGGCAGCUGGCGGACAUCACCAACCUCAAGGCCGCGCUGCGCAGCGUGAUGGGCGGCAGCGACGCGGCGUCCAAGGCGGGGAGGGUGUUUGUGGAGCUGGAGCACGCGCGCGCCAAGGAGAGCCUGGCGCGCUCGGCGCUCAACCGCAGUGAGCUCGAGCGGCUCGAGCUGGAGCGCCAGGGGCGCGCGCUGCGGCAGCAGGUGGCGCGGCUCACCGCCUCGCUGGCGGCAGAGCAGGACCACGCGCGGUGGGCGGAGUCUGAGCUGCGGGAGGCGCAGACGCGGCUGGAGCUGGCGCUGGCGUCGCUGACGGGCGCGUACAAGAGCACGCUGUGGGUUCGGCGGCUGGAGCAGCUCAAGCGCAGGAAUGACGCCAUGGCGGAGGGCCUGUCGUCUGCGCUGGGCCGCCUGUCUGGGGCGGAGGGUGACCUGCAGGAGGCGCGGCUCAGGCUGGAGAUGGCGCAGGCGAGCGGCGGGGCCCACGACGCGUCGUUGCUGCUCUCCAAGGGCGCCCCCGAGGCGCACCGGGAGGCCGCAGCGCUGAGGGAGGCCCAGGUGGCGCUGAGGCUCGAGGCGGGGCGCCUGGGGCGCGCGGAGAGGAUGAUGCGCCAAAAGGUGUCGUACGUGGAGCGCGUCAACUGCGAGCUCUCUGAGCUGCUGGAGCGCUGCGACGCGGACGCGCUGGCAGCGCAGGGCGCGCUGGAGGCCGACAAGCGCGCGCUGUCGCGGCACACCGCCUCCCUGCAGGCAGAGGUGGUGGCCCUCCAGGAGCGCAGCAGUGCGCUGCUGUCAGAGCUCGAGGAGGCGCGCGCCUCCGUGGCCAAGCAGCGCGCUGAGGCCGCCGUCGCGGCGGGGCUGGGGCCGGGCGGCGCGGUCGGCGGCGCGGCGGGCGUGGGGAUGUCGAAGGCCGAUAAGGAGCUGCUGCUGCGGCAGAUAGAGAGCCUCAAGGAGGCCCGGCAGGAGGCGGAGCACAUGCGCCACGAGUGCCGCCGCCUGGAGGGCGAGCUGCAGCUGUCGGCGCGCCAGGUGGAGUCGCUGCAGCGCGCGCACGACGAGGCGCUCGACCGGCUGUCGGCCGGCAGCAGGGCCAUGCUGGGCGCGGCGAACGGCGGCGCGGGAGGGGUGGGCUCCGGCGAAGAGGGGGCGCUGGACCACAUCCGCGCGGUGGCCGAGGCGGCGGUGCGCGAGCUGCAGGCGCGCGUCAGGGACCGCGAGGCGGCGCUGGCGGCGGCCGCGGAGGCGGCGCGGGAGCACCAGGCUGCGUUCAUGGCGCAGCACGCUGCGGACAGGGCCGAGAUCGAGCGGCUGUCGACGGCACUGCUGGAGGCUGGCGCCCAGGGCAUCGCCGGCAUCCGCGCCAGCUUGGCCCGCGCUGGCACCGCCCUCGCGGCGACAGGCGACGGCGGCGAGGGGGUGCCCUACGAGCGGCUGAGGGAGAUGCUGGAGGAGCGCACCUCAGAGGCCGAGGCGCUGCGCGGCCAUCUGGAGCAGCGGGAGGCGUCGUUGGAGUCGCUGCGGCUCGGCUACGAGAUGCAGGUGAAGCAGCGUGAUGCCGAGGUGGACCGGCUGUCCCGGGCCUUGACGGCCGCCAAGGCCGCGGAGGACGCGCCCAACAGGGCGACGCUGCAGAAGCUGCAGUCUGAGCUGCGCCAGAAGGACGGCCGCCUGCGGCAGCUGCGCGGGGCCAUCAAGGCGCUGGAGGGGAAGCUGGCGGAGCUGCUGAGGGACAGGACAGACCUGGUGAUCCAGGCCAGCAGCUGGAAGGAGCAGGAGCUGCUGGACGAACGACUGGCAGAGGUGGAGGCGCAGAGGGCCGCGGCCGCCAGGGACCUCGACGCAGCCAAGAAGGCGGCCUCCGCCCACGAGGCCGCCGGGCGGCGGCUGGCGGAGCAGCUGGCGUCGGAAAAGGAGGCGCUGGCGGAAGCCAAGGCGGCGCUCGCACGCGCACAGGCCACGCUGCAGCGGAGCGGCACUCGCACCCAGAAGCGCCUCGCCGCUGCCGCGGCCAUCUCAGGCCGGGCUGCGGAAGGCGAGGCGGAGGCGAAGCCAGGUACGGCGGGGCAGGGAGAGGCGGGCGGCGGCGGCGCCGAGGCUGCGGAGCGCAGGCAGCGCGAGGAGGGGUUGUCUGCGCUGCUGGCGCGGAUCAUGGCGCUGGAGAAGGAGAAUGCAGCCUUGCAGGAAGCCAACCUGAAGGGGCAGCAGCAGCAGCAGCAGCAGCAGCAGGCAGGGCCAAGGCCGAUCAGGACGCAGGCGGCUGGGAAGGGGGAGUCUGGUAAGCAGCAGGCUUCCUUGGGCAGGGGCGACGCCGCACCGGCCACGCCGUCGGCCGCCGCUGCCUCAGGGCGGCCCGCCCGCGCCAGCAGCGACGGCGGCGCGGCGUCAGGCCGGGGCUCGGGCGCGGGCGCCGCUGGCCCCUCACGCCUGAAGGGUGCCGGAAAUGCAGCGGCAGCGGCGGGGGCGGCGGCGGAGGCCGAGGGCAAGAACGGUAGCGGGGGCAGCGGCGGCGGCGGCAGCGGCGUGAGCUAUGCGCCGGCCGCCUGGGAGGAGGGGAAAAAGCUUCUUGCCAAGAUUGACGGGCUCAGGAAGCGGCUCUCAAAGAAGUCCGAGGAGUGCGACGAGCUGCGCAAGGAGGCGGAGCGCCAGGCUGCACUAGUGGGCAGCCUGCAGCAUGACCGGGAGCGCGCGGUCGCGGCGCUGGAGGCCGCAAAGGAGCGCCUCAAGCGGGCGGCAGAGCAGGGGGCGCAGCAGAUGCCGCCCGGCUGGGCGGUCGACGCAUCUAAGCUCAAGGACUAUGUGGACGAGGUGCUGCAUCUGGAGGGCGAGAGGGAGGCGCUCGCGGCGGAGCUGCAGCGCGCACAGCAAACGCUCCAGCAGCAGCAGCAGCAGCAGCAGAUCGCGCCCGCAGCCGGCAGCGAGCAGCAGCCGCAGCGGGCGACUCAGGAGCAGCAGCUGUUUGAGUUGCAGCUGCAGCGGGACCAGGCGCAGGCGGCGCUGGGGCGGCUAAGGGCCAGGCUCGACGACCUGUUUGGCCCGGGCGCGUCCGACCCGGGCGCCGCGCGGCCCCACCAUCAGCAGCAGCAGCAGCGCCCGCGCUCGGAAGCGCCAGGCGGCGGCGGCGCCGACGCCCCGCCCGCCACGGCGCGUCGCGCGUCGUCGGGGGCCGUCGCGGGGGGCGGCGGAGUGAAGCUGAGCGGGCGCGAGGCGGAGCUGCUGAGCACGGUCGACAACCUCAGGGCGGCGCUGGAGCGUGCCAUGGCGGGCAGCACACCCACAACCCGCUUCAUGCAGGCAAGGAGUCUAGAAAGGGCCGGUGAAAGCGGUUCUGAGGUCGAGCGGCGCAAGGCAGCAGCCAAGGAGGCCGACGCCGCGCGGUCCGAGGUGUCGCGCCUCAAGCAGCAGCUGGCCGCCUGCAGGGACGCGGCCAGCGAGCUGCAGCGCGCCAACACCGAGCUCAGGUCUCAGCUGCAGCAGCUGCGCGAUAGCGCCGCGACCGCCGCGGCUGCGACGGCGGGCGGCGGCAGCGCGGCUGCGGUUGCUGUGGCCGCGCUGCGGCGGCAGGUUGAGCAGCUGCAGGGUGCACUGCGGCAGCGUGAGGCGGAGUCGGUCACGCUGAGGGCCACAGCGGACCAGCUACAGCAGCAAGUCCAGCAGCAUCAGCAGCAGGGGCAGGAGCAGCAGCAGCAGCAGCAGCAGCAGGGACGGCGGCAGCCGGAGGGGCAGCAGCAGCCAGGGGGCCAGGAGGAGGAGGAGGCGGCGAAGUUGCAACGCCGGCUGGAGGAAUUGGAGGCUGAGAAUGCUGAGCUGCGGGGGGAGCUGGGGGUGUUUGACUCUGAGUUUUGGGACGAGCUGGAGGAGUUGAAGCUGGAUCGUCACCGCUUGGACGAGCGGUGCUCAGAGCAGGAACGCACGAUCGAAGCGCUGCGGUCGCAGGCGCGCGCCUAUGGCAGCGGCAAGGGGCCCGAGGGAUUUGAUUCCCCUGCGGCUCGCAGCAGCGGCACGUGGCCCGGCGGCAGCGACGGCGCCAGCCUCGACUCCGCUGACGGCGCGCCCCCGAGCAGCCCCAGCAGCAGCAGCACCCGCAACAGUGACGUCACCAGCGUGUCGCUCAAGGACCCCGCCAAGCUCGAGCGAAUCAGGCACGCCUUUGACAAUGGAUCGCUCGCGUUUGGCUUCUCCGCCGGCGGCCUCAUGUUUCCCUACUAUGUCGGCGUCUGCUCGGUGCUGGAGGAAAUGGGCGUCCUCAAGCGGCCUCACCAGCUGGCCGGGGCAAGCGCGGGCUCCCUCAUCGCGGCGGCUUACAACACCGGCCUCGACAUGCGCGUUGUAGAGGAAAGCAUGAUAUUGUUUGGAGAGGACUGCCUGCAGAACGGCACACAGCACAGGCUGGGCCCCUUGCUGCGCGAUUUCCUGCACGCCUACCUGCCGCCAGACGCCCACGAGCGCUGCUCGGGCAACACGCACGUCGCCAUCACGCGCGCCCUGCCCUACUGGCGCUCAAAGCUGGUGAGUCAUUUUGAGUCACGCGACGACCUGGUCGCAGCACUGUUGACCAGCUGCCACAUACCCUGGUACUUUGAUGGGCGCUGGAUGACCAAGUUCAGGGGCCACUACGCCGUCGACGGCGGCGCCACCAAUUUUAUCCCAGUAGUGCCAGGGGCAGAUUAUACAGUCAAGGUCAUGUGCUUCCCCACUGUGCACUUAGAGGCCAUCCGCUCCCGCGCAGCGCGGCUGGCGCUGGUGGAGCGCUUCCUGGACAUUGACAUAUCCCUGGACUCCUUUGAGGAGUGGGGCCACGGCUACCCUACGGUCCUCAAGUGGGCCCUGCAGGCGUCGCCGCGUGAGACCAGCAGCUACCUCAUAGAAAAGGGCAAGAGAGACGCGCGCUCCUGGGUGGUGGCGACGGGGCUGGGGGACAUCCUGGCGGAGCGCGCCGCGGCGGAGGCCAGAGCCGAUGGCGCGGCGGGCGGGGCGCGGGCGGGGCAGGAGCUGGUGCUGCCACAGGGGUGGCGGCAGGCCGCGGACGGUUUGGCAGCGGCGGCAGCGGCGGCGGGGGCAGUGACUGCGCAGCAGCAGCAGCAGCAGCAACAGCAGCAGCAGCCGUCACAGGUUGCGGCUGCGCGGCUCGAGACACCUCAGCAAGAGCCAGAGGUGCAGGAUAACGGCCAGCAGCCGGUGGCGGGGGAGGAGCAUCGUGGUCACAAGCGGCGGCGGGAGGAGGAGGGUUGCGAGCCUGGGGUGGUGGUGCCGGGCCUCACGGGCCAGCCACGGACAGACACUGCGCCGCUUGCUGACAAACCGCCAGCUUGA